CUUAAUGUACCGACAAAACAGAAACUGCUGUGAUUCACGGAGAAAUAAUAUUUAUAAGCAAUUAUAACGGAGAAAUAUUAUUUAUAGUAUAGGCGCAGUUAAGAAGAGAAAUUAUACAAAAGUUAUUAAAAUGAAUGCCGCUACCGCAAUCAAACUGUAUGUAAAUAAAAUGAUAGAUGACUGUGGUUCGGGAAUGAAGGUUUUAUUGAUGGAUAAAGAAACAACAAGUAUUGUAAGUAUGGCAUUUGCUCAGUCUGAAAUACUGCAAAAAGAAGUCUUCCUUUUUGAAAGGUUAGAUAUGACAAGGUCUGAACCUAUGAAGCAUCUGAAAUGUAUAGCAUUCCUUCGUCCUACUAAAGAGAAUAUAGAUAAUCUGGCCUGUGAACUGAAGUAUCCCAGAUAUGGGCAAUAUUAUAUAUAUUUCAGCAACAUUGUUAGUAAAAGUGAUAUCAAAAUCUUGGCUGAGGCUGAUGAGACUGAAUCAGUCAGAGAAAUUCAAGAAUUUUAUGGUGAUUUUGUUCCAGUGGCUCCUCAUUUGUUUUCCUUAAAUGUUUCGCCAUGUUACCAAAGUCGAUCUUGGAACCACAAUCAGUUGCAGAGAUCUGUUCAAGGUAUCAUCUCUGUUUUACUGGCUUUGAAAAAGGUUCCUGUCAUUCGGUACCAAGAUUCAUCAGAGUGUGCUCGCAAGUUGGCUGAGUCUGUCAGACAAACCAUAUCAAAAGAGAAUGCCCUGUUUGAUUUUCGGCGACCAGAUCUUCCUCCUCUUCUGCUCAUUCUGGAUAGAAAAAUUGAUGUGGUCACACCACUUCUAAACCAGUGGACCUAUCAAGCUAUGGUUCAUGAGUUGCUCACCAUUAACAACAACAGAGUAAAUUUAACCAAUGUGCCAGGAAUCAGCAAAGAACUUCAUGAAGUUGUUCUUUCACCUGAUCAUGAUGAAUUCUAUGCUGCUAAUAUGUACUCUAAUUUUGGUGAGAUUGGUGUGAAAAUUAAAGAGUUAAUGGAUGACUUUCAGAAAAAGACAAAGAGUCAGAAGAAAGUAGAAUCCAUUGCUGAUAUGAAAGCAUUUGUUGAGACUUAUCCUCAAUUCAAGAAAAUGUCGGGAACAGUUGCCAAACAUGUGACUCUGGUAGGAGAAUUAUCUCGUCUGGUAGGAACUCAUAACCUUCUCGAAGUUUCUGAAGCUGAGCAAGAAUUAGCAUGUGAAUCAGAUCAUAGUGAAUCUCUUAAAAAAAUACGCAAGCUACUGAACAAUGAUAAGGUGCGAGAUAUUGAUGCUGUGAGAUUGGUUAUGCUGUACUCCCUUCACUAUGAGAAGAACAGCAAUAAUGAUAUAAAUGGUCUCAUUGAGCUGCUGAAGAAAAGGAAUACGAGUGAAAAAUUAGUUAGAAUGGUACGUGCAGUGUUAGAAUUCAGUGGUAAUAAAGGGGGAAGAAGUGAUCUUUUUACUACUGAAAAUGUUCGAGCCUUUACAAAACGUGUAAUUAAAGGCUUAAAGGGAGUUGAAAAUAUCUACACACAACAUAACCCACUUCUGAAGGAUAUCUUAGAAGAUAUUGUUAAGGGAAAGUUAAAGGAAACUUCUUAUCCUUAUUUGAGUGGAACACAACUUCGUGAAAGGCCUCAAGAUAUCAUAGUAUUUUAUAUUGGUGGAACAACUUAUGAAGAAUCUUUGGCAGUUUACCAGCUCAAUAAGCAGUCCUUGGGAAUUAGGAUCCUUUUGGGGGGUACUGCAGUUCAUAAUUUUACAAGCUUUCUAAAUGAAAUUAAGUCAGCUGAGAGAUUUAGUUCUUAUUCACAACACUGAGUCAAUAACAUUCAAAGCAAAAUUCUGUGCAUAAAGCUAACAAGUUAAUAUUUUGCUGACUGGUCCUGGUUGAUUAAUUGGAUGUUUGAUACUUUUUUUUGUUUUGUAAAUGAAAUCAUUUGAUGUAAAUUCAUUCAUAUUAUAUGCAUUUAUGGAAUGUACAUAGUAUAUAUAUAUAUAUAAUAUUAUGCUAUAUGUUGAUUUUUUUUCUUUGAAUAUGAAAUUAUUUAUUCUCUGAGCUUUUUAAUAAUUUAUUUCAAGCAUAAACUGUCUUAUAUUAUUUUUUGGGAAAUUUUUCAUAUAAAAUAUAUCCAGUUUGUUUAUAGGAAAAAAUGUGAAUAAUUUUGGUUUUUUAUAUUUAAUUUCUUGCAUCAUUGCAAUUAAUUAU